GGGAGUCGUUGAAGGUCGAGGGGUUGGUGUACUAUUUUAUUUAUGGAGAGACCCUCAGAGAUUAUAAUAUUACUGAAGGGGAGUAAUUUAAUAUUGGGAGUAAAGUGAACUUUUAUUCGUAUAUGGUCCUUGGCCGAGGCCGCAAAGGGAUGCCGACGCCGGUUAGCAACGCACGCGCCUGCCUGGCGGAGGAGGCGGCGGCCGCCCUUGAUGAGGCGGUGGCCGCUGCACGCUUCAGGUACCACGCGCAGACCACCUCCCUCCAUGUCGUAUACGCCCUCCUUCUCCAAUCCGCCGGCGGAGCCGGAGCCGGAGCCGGAUCCGGUGGCCAGUCGCCUUCUUGCUCGCUCCUUCGCGAUGCUCUCUCGCGCACGCGGAGCGCGGCAUGCUCUCCCAGGAUGCAUCUCAAGGUGCUCGAGCGCUGCUUCGGGAUGGCGCUCGACCGGCUGCCUUCGUCGGGGGGUCAAAGGGAGGGGGGCGGGGAUGGACCACCCGUUUCUAACUCGUUGAUGGCGGCGAUAAAGAGGUCUCAGGCGAACCAGAGGCGGAAUCCGGAGAGUUUCCAUUUGUACCAGCAGCAGCAGCAGCAGAACGCCGCCGCCGGCGUGGCGUCAACCUUCUCCGGAGUGAAGGUGGAGAUGCAGCAGCUGAUUCUUGCGAUAUUGGAUGACCCUAUUGUUAGUCGGGUGUUCGACGAUGCGGGAUUCCGGAGCGGGGACAUCAAGUUGGCCAUCAUCCGCCCCCCUCCGACCAUCCUCCGAUUCCCUCACGCCGCCAAGUGCGCGCCGUUGUUCUUGUGCAAUUUCUCGGCCGGAGAUGGAUUCGAGGCGCCGAUCUCUUCGAGGAGGAUCGGUUUUCCCUUCGCCCCUGCGGCCGGUCAGCUUUCCUCCGACGGCGGCGACGAUUACUGCCGAAGGGUUGGCGAUAUUCUCUCCCGGAAAGGAAUCACAAGGAACCCGAUGCUCAUAGGAGUCGGGGCAGCCGAGGCAGGCAGAGACUUCACCCAAGCCAUUGAGCGGCAGAAUUGGGCGAUCUUGCCUCUGGAAAUUCGUGGAAUCGAACUUGUUAGCCUUGAGAAGGUGGUGGCUGAACUCAAAACUGACCGUUGUGAUCUGUCAUCCGUCGACGCUAGACUGAUGGAGUUGGGAAAGAAAGCGACGAUGCCCGGACUGGUGGUGAAUAUAGGAGAUUUGAAGGAGAUAGUGGAAGGUAAAACUGAAUGUGAUGAGCACGAAAGGCGUUUGGUCUCGGAGCUCACAAGGCUGCUCGAUGUUUACCAAGGUAGGCUGUGGGUGAUGGCCUGGUCUGCGACAUAUGAAACAUACAUGAAGUUCCUGUCUAGGCAUCCAUUGUUGGACAAAGAUUGGAACUUGCAGCUUUUGCCGAUCACUUCAGUGAGAAGUGGGAUGGCUUCAUCACUUCCAAGACCUCGCAGUAGGAUGGAGUCAUUUGUUCCAUUUGGAGGCAUUUACUCUACAGCAUGUGAGUCUAAAGACCUUGGCAGCAGUGUAUCUCCACCAGCAUCUCGCUGUGAACUGUGUGAUGAUAAGUAUGAAGAAGAACUUUCCAUUUUUCUCAAGGGACAAUCAGCUUCAGUUUAUGAAAGGAAAAAAGAUACCUUGCCCUUUUGGCUGCAGAAAUCCAGCACAACUGGCUUGAACAAUGAAUAUAAUGCAGAGCAGACUAAAAAUGCUAAAACUAUGGAACUGGAAAAGAAGUGGAAUGAAGUGUGCCAGAAACUCCACAAUUGCCGAACAACAAAAACUGAUGUUUACCGUGAAAUUCCUUGCACUGCAGAUACUUCAAAUGUUUCUAGCAAAAAUAGAACCUCCAGUAAAAUUACUGAAGAAUCUCAAACUCUUGGCAAUUCACUAUCUAUCUCUCUAGGCACUCAGACAAUCACCAUGGCCAACCAGAGUGUCUCAUUGCCUUUAGUUAUGGAAUCGAGAAAAAGUGACCUUCUAUCAAAACUCCAGGUCAGAUCUUCCAAAAGUGAACAGCUUCGUGGAGUGGAUCUCCCCUAUCACCAGGGUGAUGAGCAUGCUUCCCCUUCCUCUAUAACAUCAGUAGCAAUAGAUUUGGUUUUGGGUAGCCUCCCAGAGUCCCUUUCCAGUGAUGAAAAACCUGCUAGGGAUGUUCAAAAAAGUCACAUGGAGAAAAUGUCAAGUUGCUUGCCCUCAGUUGAUACUGUCAAAAGAAAUGAAUCAGAUGUUCCUAUUGCAUCAUUUUCCUGCUCCGGCAUUCAAGAGUACCAGGCAAAGAGUGCCUAUCCAGUCCAUCCGAUCCGCUCAUUUUCACAAAUCUCAAAUGGCUGUGCUUCUACUUAUGGCAAACCCCCUUUCCUAAUCUCGGGUAGUACAAAGCCAAAUAUUGAGCUGAGUAGCUACAAAUCAUUUUGUAAAAGUUUCAUUGAUAAAGUUGGCCGACAAGAAGAAGCAGCUAUUGCUAUUAGUCAAGCCAUAUUCCGUUGUAAAAUUGAUGAAAGGCGUCGUGGUGGAAGACUGCGAGGGGACAUUUGGCUCAAUUUUCGUGGUGCUGAUAAGAUGGGUAAAAAGAGAGUAGCAGAGGCACUAUCAGAAUUAUUACAUGGAAGCAAAGAUAACUUAAUUUGUAUUGAUCUAAGUUAUCAGGAUGGUGUUGUUCGACCUAGUACCAUAUGCACCCAACAGGAGGUCACUGAAAAAAAUGUGCAAGUGAGAGGGAAAUUGCAUGCUGAUUUCAUUGCUGGGGAGCUGGGCAAGAGACCAAAUGCUGUUGUUUUCCUUGAAAAUGCCAAUAAAGCUGAUUUUAUCGUUCAGAACAGCUUAUCUCAGGCCAUACAUACUGGAAAAUUUUCUGAUUCUCAUGGAAGGGAAUUUAGCAUAAACAAUGCCAUAUUUAUCCUGACUUGGAAUAGAACCAUAGCUAAAGACUUAUCUCGGAGAAAGGAUUGCAGUAGUUUCUGUGAGGAGACUGUUCUGGCAGCUCAGUGUUGGCAGAUGAAGAUUUACUCAGAAGCAUAUCAGGAGAUGACUUGCUGUAGUUCAAAGUCUACUAUCCAAAAACCCAUAACAAGUCAAGUAUAUCUACAAUUAUCUUCUUCAAGUAAGCGUAAAGCCAAUUUGUCUGAUGAUUACUGUGAUAGGCACUUUGGAAAGUCGAUGUCUGGCAAAAGAGCGCACACAAUGGCUAAGGGCUUCUUAGAUUUGAAUCUCCCUGUUGAAGAGGUUGAGACAGAUGCUUCUGAUGAUGAUUAUGAUUCUAGUAGUCGCAAAGAAAAUUCUGUAUCUGACAACUCGGAGCUGUGGAUCAAAGAAUUCUGCGACCAAGUUGAUGCAACAAUAGACUUUAUGCCUUUUGAUUUUGAUGUCCUUGCCAAUGAUAUUUUGAAAGAUAUAAACAGAAUCUUUCAAAGCGCUGUUGGUUCAGACUCCUUGUUGGAGAUUGAUCCAAAGGUCAUGGAGGAGCUACUUGCAGUAGCCUGGUCAUUGGAAGAUCGAAGACCUUUAGAUAAUUGGUUCAAGCAGGUUCUUGGCAGGAGCUUCACGGAGAUAAAGCACAAGAACAGCCAAUCAAGCAAUAACACUCUUAAAUUAGUUUGUGAGGAUGCUCUUGUCGAGGAGCAUGCACCCAGAGUUAUUCUUCCUUCAAGAAUCAUCCUAAGUGACAAUUUGUUGAGUUUUGUAAAACAAUAGCAUGUAGCUUUCCUUAUGGAAGAAGUAUGAGUGUAUGACCCUCUUUAGUUGUUGAUCCUGUUGUUUCUCUAGGGCAUAAUCAGGUUAUCACCUAUCUUUGUAAAUUGAAAGCAGUCUAAAUUUCAGGGAAGUGAUUGUAGCUAUCCAGAUUAA